GGUGGCCGUUGUGACGGGGGCAGUGGUGGUGGUGGUGGUGGUCACAUUAUUGGAACCCGAAGAUGGAGGCGGCGUGGAGUGGACAUCAUCUGGCCACCACAUUAUGAUUUCUUGACAGGCUGCACGCGGGCACCCUCCACACACCCUGACCCAGUGCAAGGGAGCCAGCCACAGCAGCAGGAGGAACCAGACCAACCAGAGCAUCACCCACAGCACAGCGUCACAGCCUCCCUCGCUGCGCCAUGGAGCCACACAUGUUGCAGGGGCUGUGGGCGCCUGACAACCAGCAGCAGCACAGCCGGGCCCUGGAGUACCUGCAGCGGCUGAGGGAGAGCACAGAUGGAUGGCAGAUCUGUGGCGCCACGCUCACCUCCGGUGGCACAAGUCUGGAUGAUAAAGUGAAGUUUGUGUGCCUCCAGGUGAUGGAGCACUAUGCACAGACUCGCUACGUCAUCGCCACACCCGAGGAGCAGAGUCUCCUGCGCCAACACUUGUCACAGUGGACCACAGCGCUCUGCAUGGCUCCUGAUGCCGAGAAGGUCUACAUUCAAAACAAAACAGCACAGUUGAUGGCACUUGUGUUCAUUGUGGAUUACCCUGACCGCUGGCCCUCCUUUAUCGCUGACGUGCUCUCCACUCUCCAUACGGGGCCCAAUGCUGUUGACUUAUACCUGCGUCUGCUCCUGGCCAUUGAUACUGAGGUUGUGGACCGCGAGAUCAUCCACACGCAGGCAGAGAGUGAACGUAACAACCGCAUCAAGGACACCAUGAGGGAACACUGUGUUAUGGACCUGACCAACUCCUGGUAUGACAUUCUGGUCAAGUAUGAGAAGACCCACCCCAGCCUGGUGUGUCAGUGUCAUGAUGUCAUUGGGGCGUACAUAUGCUGGAUUGACAUCACCCUUAUUGCCAAUGACCGGUUUGUGUGCAAGCUGGUGGAUCACCUGAAGGAACCGCUGCUGAGGGAGGCAGCAGCGGACUGCAUCCAUGAGGUGAUCACCAAGGGCAUGGAGCCGCUGGCCAAGACGCAGCUCAUUGAGUCCUUCGUCACUGUGCUGGACAGGGCCGGGGUGCUCAAGCCGGUCGAUGAUGAUGACUCAGACUUCCUGGUGAAGCUGGCCCGACUGAUUAAUGGCAUUGGGGUACAGCUGAUCCUGGCCUGGCAGAAGCUGGACAAGAAGGAGAUGGAGAAGAAGAAGAUGAUCCGCCAGGCUGUGGAGAGCAAGGUCACUCUUCUCCUCGUCUUCAUGGCUAGCGAUUAUGACGACAUCUCUGCUGCUGUGUUUGACUUUGCCCGUGAUUAUAUCCAGAUGAUCAAGCAGAGUGCAGCGCUGAGUGAGGUGGAGCGCGGGCUGCUGGAGAACAUGCUGUACGUGGUGAUCACCAAGACUAAGUAUGAUGAGUCCUACAACUUUGACCAGGCAGGGGAGGAAGAGGCCAUGUUUGACGACUACAGGAAGAGACUCAAGGUUGUGUUUGAUAACUUGGCUGCCCUGAUUCCUGAGGUGGUCCUGAAGGUGACGAAGGAGUAUGUGGUGACGACGCUGAACCGUUGGCAAGCCUCAUCAUACGAGGACGUGGAGGCGGCCGUGUCUCUCCUGUACAACCUUGGUGAGGCACUCCCUGCAUCCCACGGUAACCACUUCUCCGGACCCACGCAGGGCGGUGACCCAGCCUCCCUUCAAGUGUCACAGGUGAAGACGUCCACCAUGCAGGAGAUGAUGCGGCUGCUGGUCACGUCGGGGGUCUCGGCACACACUCACCCAGCCGUGUCGCUGCAGUUCUUUGAGUGUGUGGCGCGCUACGAGAAGUUCUUUGCCUGUGAGGUGCAAUUCAUUCCAGGCAUUCUCACAGCUUUCCUCGAUGUGCGGGGAAUGAGGAAUGCCAACCCCAGGGUGCGCAGUCGGACGAGCUACCUGUUCUCUCGUGUGGUGCGGUGCCUCAAGACUCACAUUGUCAACUACACAGAGCAGGUCUUGUCCCAGCUGGCACCUCUGCUGGCACUGGCACCCCCACAGCCUGCUGGGGUGGCAAGCGGUGGCCUGCUGACCCCAGAUGACCAGCUUUACGUGUACGAGGCGGCGGCGAUGCUGGUGGUGGCCGGCAACACCUCAGCACAGGAGAAAGAGAUGCUUAUGAGGAAUCUGCUGGCUCCUGUGUUUUCUGAGGUGACGCGGCUGGCAGAGAGUCUGGCGCAGGAGUGUGAUCCCAUGAUGCAGAUGAGCAUUGCCAAGAGUAUCUGCCACGCCACAGCUGUCACCGCCCGCACCUCCAAGGCCUUCUCCAACCAGAACACUAUCCAGGCCUGUGGGUGUGUGCAACUAUACCUGGAGGCCCUGCAACUCUUCAUUAACUGCCUCAGUGUUGGUCUGGAGCGCGAGGUGGUUGGGUCAGGAGUGCGGCAGCUGAUGCAUCGGCUGGUCGUGUGUCUGGACGGCAACAGUCUGCUGCCACUGCUGCCGUCUGCCUCCCAGGCCCUGCUGCACACACCCUCCACCAAUGCCCUCACUGAAUACCUGCCACUCAUCAACCAGAGCAUUACUAAGUUCCAGAAGGACAUCGGCCCAUUCCUGCAGACCAUCUUUGUCCCACUGGUGUCUGCCAUUUUCACCGCCCUCUCUGAGCCUCUGGAGGAGAACGAGGAGGAGGAGAAGCGCACCAGGCGACUCCUGCAGCGCGGCUACUACCUCUUCCUCACCACCAUCGUGUCCAACAACCUCCUUGACACCCUUGCUGCGCUGGAUGCCACCACCCUGCAUCAGGUGUUGAUGUCUGUGGUGCAGGGAGCUGUAGAGUUUCCUGACCCCGUGGCACAGAAGAAUUGCUUUGUCAUCCUGCGGCGGCUGACAGAGGCCUGGGGGGAGAAGGAUGUGGGGCCACCAGGCUUUGUUGAAUUCCUCUACACACAGGUGGUGCCGGCAUGCUUCCUGGCUCCCCUCAAGACGACCUUUGACCUGAAUGAUGCCCAGACCAUCCUGGCGCUGCACGAGUCCGUCACAUGCCUUCAGUCGGUGUACAAGAGACGUGGCGAGGAGCUGGUGUCCUACCUGCGCUCUGAGUACCUGCCCAAGAUGGAGCUUUCCCCAGACCUCAUCGCUGAGUACUGUCAGGCACUCACCUCUGACGCAAAGUUCUUUAGAAAUUACAGCAAGGUUUUCUUCCAGCGGGCCAAGUCAUGAGGUGGGUGUGGCAAGACUCCUGCCCAGUGCAGAGUCCACCACUGCUGCCGCCGCCAGUCCGGGUCUGUGUCUCAGACUGCCUUGUUGUGUGAUGGAAGAGUUGCUGCAAAGAUAUUUCUAGUCAUAUCUGCUGAGACCCAGUAGUGAGGGGUAGCAAGCAUCCUGCAUGACUGACUGAGCCGGACAGGGAGGCGGGCAUGGGUGUGGCCGUGGGUGGGGAUGGGUGUGUGGCUGUCACGUAGGUGUGGCGUGGCGCUGCAAUCAGCACGGCAGAGAGGGCUGAACGUGGUGUUGGGAGGUCAGCAUGUCAUCUUGUUCAGGAAAAGUUUGCCAGUCACACCAGCACCACCACCUCCUGUCCUGCUGACUUGGUGUUGUCCACCAGACACUCCAGUGAUGUGCCUUACUGCUCCUGCUGCCUGGCCGCCACUCAGCUGGUGACUCGGGCUCUCACGUGUGUGACCUGCACGCCUCCUAGAGCUAGUCACCCCUCAGCCUUCACUUGGCCUAGAGAUGACACGCUGACUGGUUAGUUUGGCGUGGGUGUUUCUUUGGGUCGCCACCAGUGCAGGGGCCAGGAGAGCAAGACACAUGACAGACUAGCAAAACAGUGAUUCACCCGCAGUGUUAUGCUUAACGGUGACCUGUGUGCUGACGACAAAGACUGGCUCAUUUCAGUUUGGAGUUGGUCUUUCUAUAACUAUUUGACGACGGUGAAGACUGUUCUUGUAUAAGUCAGAGUCAGUCUUUCCAAAGCUAUCACAAUUAAUGAUGUUGACUAUCUGUAUAAAUUGAGCACGUCUUUGAUAUCCUGUUGGUAUAGGCUUGUUUAAAUUAACCAUUUAUCUUGUUUACAUUAGAGUUUCCUUGAACUUUUGCUUGGAAUGUCAAUUAAUAUUAAUGUUUUGUUGUAUGAAUUUGUUGACUGAACGUAUGAGUGUGGGAGGGAACCGGCUGGACUGUGCUGGGCCGGGGAAUCAGUCAUGAAGGAUGUGUUUAACUGUGAUAGGCAGAUAUGAUUAGACUGCUGCUCAAAACAUUAUAAGGAUUAAUGGAAAACUCGCAUAUAAGUAUGUAUUUAUCAAGUGAUGCAUCAUUACCACAACAUUACUACUACUACUACUACAUCUUUUUAUGGCUUAGCGUCCUUGGUAAUUUUAUCCGUGGCCAUUUCAAUCAUCCACUCACUUAGGCUUGUGUUGACGCACCAGCUACUACCGUGCCUCCAAGCAUCCUCUGCACCACCUUGUCCUCUCAUGCCGCUGCUCAUUGAUAGUCUGGCGUUGCAUUCCAGCGUCCAGUGUGUCCCCUGUGCCGGCCUCCCCAUGCACUGCUACUGUGUCACCUCUGGGAGUCUGAAACAGGAUCACACACACACACACACACACACACACACACACACACACACACACAUGUAUUCUAGUAUUUGAGGUGCUUGGUGUCAGGCAAUUGCUGUGUUUGGUUCUGUCUGGUCACUUACUUAACCAGUCCAGUGGUGUGGAGAGGAGUCGAAGUGCAGGGGAGGAUGAGUUACUGAAAUUCUCCCGGGAAAAUAGACUAGAAUCAGAUGUGGGAGUUGUCUGGCAGCCGUCGUUAUAUCCAAACAUUUAUGAAUAGUUUAUAUCUUGAAAUGUAAUAUAUCAGUAUGUGUCUCAGUGUAGAGGAAAACUGGAAAAAAAAAACUAUAUUGUUUCUCUCACUCUUUCUGUCUAUCUUUCACGCAGGGCAUUAGUGAUACAACGCAUUAUUUCACUCAUUUAUUAUUUACUUCAUUCACUUCACUGAUUCCCAGACUUGUGUCAGUAUUUCACCAAUUCACAGCUUGCAGGAAUUUGGUUCACUGCAAGCAAGCACUGUGUUAAUAAUGACUUAAAUUUGUGCAGUGUUUUGAUAUGGUGUGGUUUAAGCUCUCUUGUUUCAGUCCUGCAUCUCUGCAUGGUGAACAGGAGCCACACUGUGAAAGACAAGGUUACUGUUUAAUUCAUUGUAUAGAAAGAUAUUCACCUUUCUAUCUUUUCUCACUCACAUCUAUCUUCCUUUCUUUAAAAUGUUUUCCCUCACUCAUUUCAUCAUUCUGUCCAUCCCCUCUGCCUUUCUCUAUUUUUCCUUUCUCUCUCUCUCUCUCUCUCUCUCUCUCUCUCUCUCUCUCUCUCUCUCUCUCUCUCUCUCUCUCUCUCUCUCUCUCUCUCUCUCUCUCUCUCUCUCUCUCUCUCUCUCUCUUCCCUUCUCUUCCUUCUCUAACAUGCUUUUCCUCACUUAUUUAAUUCUGACCCAUCCUCUCAUUUUUUUCUGUGUAAUCUGUCUCUUUUCCCUUCGUUCUUCAAAAUGUUUUCCCCCUCUCAUUUCAUCAUUCUAUCCCAUCACCUUAUUCCCUUAUCUCUCCAUCUCCCCUUCAUCUCCUCACCUCACCUCACAUCUCACCCCACAUCCCCACAGUACAUUCAUAUAAACCAUUGUUCACCACCACCUCUCAAUGUGUGUACACUCUUGGCCCUGCUCUGUGUACCAGCCUGAAUGUAGCAGACGUUUCCAUCUAGUGGUGUGUAGUGACCUGCCUGCCUCUUGCCACAGCUUACGACUGCCUCCUCCUCCUUCUUCUCUUCCUCUUCCUCCUCCUCCACGUUCAUCUCUGGACCAUGGUGAUAUAGUCGUUGUUGUUAUCAUUGUUGUUGUUGUUGUGUCCAUCGUUACAUUCCUACCAGCUUGGUCCUCCUUGCUGCAGCAUCCACAGGUGUUAUUCUAAGUGCCUUAUUAUCAUCGGUUCCACAGCAGUUACGGCAACACUGUUGAGUAGCACAAAGGCUGGAUCAUACAUACAUCAUUUGGUUUCCUUUUCUUUGACGGCUAACAACACUUAAAUGAAAGUUGUACUUAGUGGCAGGGAUCCCAGAAGUGUGGUUGGGCUGCCUGAGGACAAGCAGGGGUGGUAACAUUGGCACUACUGAUACCCUCACACACUGUUUGGCCCAUGCAUUCCCUCUUGCCUAGUAUUAUAGUGUGUGAGGGGAAUGUGUUGGCCAGUCAGCUGGUGAGAACUUCACCUGGUGUCAGUGUUGUCGUCCUGGUGUGUCCUCAGGUAGCAGCGUUAUAGACCAUGUUCUGAAACAUCUGUGCCGCAUCUCCACUACUUUCAAAGGCUAUAGUUGAAGUGACACAGGUUUUUGAGUGCAUUUUUGUGGUUUUAGUAACAGAUUAACAAGAUUUCUACUGUAUGAACUGGAGAAAUGGUCAUGAGAACCUGGCAAAUCAUCUGUGUAGCCUUUGCAAGUAGUCGUAGUGAAAGAGCAAAGCGUUUCUGAACACAAUCCUGUACCUCCACCGUCCCUGGCUCUGAGUGUAGCAGUGUUGGCUUAAUAUUAACCAGACUGUUGAAAUUAAUUUAGAGAAACUGUAUCAGUUGCCCAGAGAGAUGUAAGCGUCCUGCGCUGAGCCUCAAUGCAAUGUGACAGCAUUGGUGAGUAUUGUACAUACUACAGCAUGUACAGCUGGAGACUUUUGUAAUAAAAUGUGCUGUGAACA